AUGGCGGGACUUGACUAUAUUUUGUACGAGGAGCCUACCGGAUAUGGUAUCUUCAAGGUGAAACUGCAGCAAGAUGAUAUUGGAGCAAGACAAAAAGAUGUGGAGAAUGCAGAGCAGGACCUAGCGAAAUUUUCCAAGAUGGGAGCAGCACAGGCCCUUGAGAACAUGGAUGAUAUCACUGAAGGAUUGGUUUCGGACUAUUUAAAGUCAGUGAUAGAGCUCAACAUCCCAAAAGGAUCCAAGAAGAGUAAGAUAAGUGUGGGAAUUUCAGACAGAAACUUGGGACCUUCGAUCACCGCGACCUUCCCAUAUAUCGACUGCUACUGGAAUGAGGUCGUCCAGGACUUUAUCAGGGCCAUAAGGUACCACGGAGUGAAAAUGUUCAAGGGAUUGCAAGAUGGAGAUUUGGAAAAGGCAGAGUUGGGUUUGGCACACGCCUACUCGAGGGCCAAGGUUAAGUUUUCCGUGCAGAAGAACGACAAUCACAUCAUCCAGGCUAUUGCCACUUUGGACCAGCUGGAUAAGGAUGUGAACACUUUUGCAAUGAGAGUGAAAGAGUGGUACGGAUGGCAUUUCCCAGAGUUGGCAAAGCUGGUGCCAGACAACAAGAAGUUCUGCAAGGUGAUGCUCUUCGUCAAGGACAAGGCCUCCCUUACACCAGAAAGCCUCCACGAUUUGGCUGCUCUUGUUGACGAGGAUGCAUCUGUUGCCCAGAAGAUUAUAGAUGCAGCAAGAAUUUCGAUGGGUCAGGAUGUUUCUGAGAGUGAUAUGAAGAACAUGAGUGCGUUUGCAGAGAAGACGUUGCACAUGAUUGAGUACAGAGAGUCGCUCUCCAAGUAUUUGACCGACAAGAUGCACGUCGUUGCACCAAAUCUUUCCGAGUUGAUAGGAGAAGUUGUUGGUGCAAGGUUGAUUUCGCACUCUGGCUCUCUCACAAACCUUUCCAAGCAGGCUGCUUCCACAGUUCAGAUAUUAGGUGCCGAGAAGGCUCUUUUCCGAGCUUUGAAAACAAAGGGAAACACCCCUAAGUACGGUUUGAUCUACCAAUCCUCAUUUAUCGGUCGUGCUGCACCAAAGAACAAGGGUCGUAUCUCCAGAUAUCUUGCCAACAAGUGUUCCAUCGCUUCCAGAAUCGAUAACUUCGCCGACCAGCCUACUAAUGCCUUCGGUAAAGUUCUCAAAGAGCAGGUUGAGCAGAGACUUGAGUUUUACGAGACUGGAAAAGCUCCAAUGAAGAACGCGGAUGCUGUCAAAGAGGCCAUGGAGCUGGGCGGUGCUGAUGCUGUCAAGCCUACAGCAGAGGAGGUUGAGGAGGAGAUUGGAAAGAGUGUGAGUGUUGAAAAGGAUGAUGAGGAGAAGAAAGAAGAGAAGAAGGAGAAAAAAGAGAAGAAGGACAAGAAAGACAAAAAGCACAAGCACAAGGACAAGAAGCACAAGCACAAGAGUAAGAAGAGAAAGUCUGAGGACGAUGAGGAGCACAAGAGCAAGAAGUCGAAACAUUGA